AUUGAAAUUGGUCCAUAUUUAUGUGAAAUAUAAUAUUUUGCAAAAAAAAGUGUAAAAUAAAGAGAAGCAGUGGCCCAUGCAAUUCCAAAACGAGGAGAUCACAUGAUGAAAUAGUCCUUUAAAUAGCAACAAAUGAACCAAAAUAGCAAUAGUGAGAAGCAUAGAUUUAUGAAGAUGAAGGGUUAUGAACCAAGAUCAAGUUCUUCAUGUGCAGCUUGCAAAUUUCUAAAAAGAAGAUGCAUACCAAAUUGUAUAUUUGCACCUUAUUUUCGAUCCGACGAGUGCAAGAAAUUUGCAAAAGUUCACAAAGUAUUUGGAGCAAGCAAUGUGAGCAAGAUUCUUAUUGAAGUGCCAGAGGAACAGAGAGAAGAAACUGUGAAUUCUUUGGCUUUUGAAGCUGAUGCAAGGCUUAGAGAUCCUGUUUAUGGAUGCAUUGGUGCUAUAGCAAUUUUGCAAAGGAAAAUGUUUGAACUUCAACAUGAUCUUGCUAUUGCUAAGGAUCGUCUUGCUCAUUACUCUGCUGCUGCUUCUUCUUCUAAUUCUUCUUUUUCCAAUGAUUUCAUCAAUUCUCAAGUUUGCUUGCCACCUUUACCUGACUUUUUUACUUGCUCUGAUUUUAAUGAUAACUUUAGCCAAACUUCUUCCUCUCAAUCGUUUAGUCGAAACGAUACUGUUGAUGAUUUCAUUCAAAUUCCAUAUAUAUUUUGAUGUUCUUGUAAUUCUUCUCAAACAACUGCUUCUCUUUUAUAUGCUAAUAAAUAAAUAUUAUAUCAAUCAA